CAUACUCAUAGUCUUUGGCAAUAUUUUAAGAAAAAUGAAGGCUGUUAUAAUAUUAACGACUGUGAUCUUACACAAUCAGCUGGCAACAUCACAAAUACUACGUCCUCAGUUCACAAGGCCAAUAGCAGAACAAAUAAUAGAAAAUGGAAAAUUCAUCAACCUACCGCCCAGUGUGAUAACGGAGCCGGCUAGCACGAACAUAAUUCCUAUCCCUAACAUCAUUCCGUCUCCUAGAACUACCUUAAUCACUGACUGUUCGCCUUCAAUCUGCGAGAAUCUAGCCAACACCAUACAACUAAUGAUAGUUUGCAAUCUACUGCAAAACAGAUACAGUUCCGAUUUUGCUAACAAAUUAACUAUGCCUGUUUUGAACGAUGUUUUAACUUCACCUGCUCCGAAUAAUGUCAUUAUGUCUAACGUGAUUAUGCCUAAAAUUGUGAAUCCUAGUCCUCCAUCUAAUAUUGUCAGUAAUUAUAUUCCACCUAGCUUUUAUCCCAAUGUUAUUCCCCCUAUGCCUAGCAUGAAUCCGCAUAACAUAGUUUUACCUAGCGUUAAUCCGCAAAAUAUGAUUUUGCCCAGCGUAAUUCCGCCAAAUGUGAUUACGCCAAGCAUGAUUACGCCAAGCGUCAUCCCACCUGGCGUUAUACCUACGGCAGUUGCUCCAUCAUGUCCCAAUGCACCUCAAGUUAGUCCAGCUAACGUAAAUGCUUUACUCAAUUCGUUAAUGAGUAUGCUAGGUAAUAUUAGAGGAUAAUUUAAGAACUAAUUUAUAUUUUAGUAUACAA